UAAUUAUGACUAUUGCAAUUCUUUCUACUAUGAUGCUCUAUAUUUCUGUUCUGUUAUUAAUUCUAGCAUAUUUGUUCUGUUUUUAUUUGAUAUCAUGAUGCAUUUCAAGUUGAGGAAGCCAAACGUUUAUAAUAGAGUACUUUGUCUACGUUGCAGAAUUUCUCUAUAGAGAGAUUAAACAGGUUGUUGUUGAAGAGAUAGGCCACGAAAAUGUAGUUCAGAUUGUUACUGAUAAUGGCUCAAAUUACAAGAAAGCUUGUAAAACUCUUGUUGAACAACCAGAAUUCAGUCAUAUUGUUUGGCAGCCAUGUGCAGCCCACACGGUUAAUCUAAUGCUUAAAGACAUAGGUAAGUUUCCUGAGGUUGAUGUGAUAGUCAAAAGUGCCAAGCAAAUCUGUAGGUUUUUUUAUAAUCACAACAACCUACAUGAUAGCAUGAGGAAGAACGUUGGUGGUGAGCUGAUUAAACCGAAUGCCACCCGGUUUGGAACUGUGUUUAUGUUCCUUGAGAGUUAUUUGGAGAAGAAAGAUAAAUUUAGGAAAUGGAUGGUGUCCGACGACUGGAAGAACAGUAUUUGGAAGAAUGAUGCGGACCAUGUGUUUGCUGAAGAGUUGCUAUCCAGUAACAUGUGGUGGACAGCCUUAGAAUGGGUUCUUGAUUUGCUUGAGCCACUCUAUGUAGCCCUCAGAUAUGCUGAUACACAAAAGAAAUGUACUCUAUCUGGUUUCAAGAAGACUAUGAUGACAGCCAUACAAAAGAUGAGUUCUCAUCUUGGUGGUGGGUCACAGAUGUUAGAUAGAGUCAUGAGCAAGGUGUCCCCGAGGAUGGAAGAUAUGCAAAAUGAGACACUAAUGGUUGCAGCUGCUGUCCUUGAUCCGUUCACACAUUAUCGGGUGAAUUUGAGCAACCUUCCAGAAUAUGCUUCUGCACUAACGGAUGUCAUCGAGAAGAUAGCAGACCCUGAGAGCGCUCUUUUGGCUAUCAAUGAAAUCAGCACUUAUAGGGAAUGUCGUGGGAGGUUUAGGCAUAGUUUGGCACGCUCUUCCGCAGAAAGAAUGGCACCAACUGAGUGGUGGUUCCAGUUUGGAGGGGAAGUUCCUAAUUUGCAGAAGUGGGCAUUGAGAAUUGUUUCACAGUGUGUCUCUUCAAGUGGCUGUGAGAGGAAUUGGACUGCUUUUGCCUUGGUCCACACGAAGCAAAGAAAUCGCCUUCUAUACUGCAAGCUUCACAAAAGUGUUUCUGUACGCUACAACCUGAAGUUACGUGCUGAAGAAGAUGAAGAUAUUGUGAAGCUGAGUUAUAGGGAGAAGGAAAUUGAUCCAUGUGCAGUGAUGAUGGAUACAGUUAUGCAUGACGAAUCAAACCCAAUGAUGGAGUGGCUGAACGAGGAUGAAGAGCAUAUAGUCCUUGAUGGAUCUGAUGCUGCUACUGCUGUGUUGGAGGAAAUACGUCGCCUUAACUCAAGGAGGAAAGCCUCUCAUCUUGGAAGGAAGGAAAUUAGCAGGAAAGGAAAGAGGGUACGUGAAGAUGAGGAGGAUGAGUUCAUUAGCAGUGAGGAUGAUGAUGAAGCGAAUGGAUCCAUGGACAUUGAUGAUGGUGAUGAUGGCCAAGAAGAGGAUGAUGAAUCUGAUGGAGAAGGUUUGCCAAGACAAGCUGAAAAAGAUGCACGAAGCCAAGUGAAUGAUAUUGAGGUAACAAGGGAUGAAAAUAUGGUGAAUCGUAGAUCUGGACGGCAAGCCAAGAAGGUCAAGGACGUCAACUCCCUUUACUAUUAGACUGAAGACUGGAAGAAAAUUGAAGUCUACCUGAUGUGUUUUGGAGGCGCUGGUUUGAACUUCGAUUACUUCUGCUCUAUGACUUGUGGAUUGUGAAUCUGGACUAUUGUGUGUGUAUUUUGGACUCGUAGUAGGGAUUGGUGUGUGGGUAUUUUGGACUGUAAUUUGAAGUUCUAAUAUGCACUGUUAUGUGUGUACCUUGGGCUAAUAUGGACUGUUAACUAGCCUAUUGAGUAGAUCUGGACUACUGGAUGUUAUAUCAUGCUCUGAACCGAUGUUUACCAUUGAGAUGGAGUUCUAAUCUGGUAUAACAUGUAAAU